AUGUAUUCUCAAUAUUGUGCCCGAAGUUCUUUCGUGAAAAAUCUGAGUUUGUCUCUGCAUAUCAUUUUUCAACUGGUCAGUUUGAUCCACGGACAACUGAAUCUAUACCGAACAGAUCGUACACAGAUCUCUUCAUUGCCAUCGGAUGCCUUUGAUUGUUUAUAUUAUUAUGUUUUGGAGAAUAUUGUAAUGUAUAAUCUAAGCUCGAUAGAUUUCAAUCCAACGCAUCAAAUUAUUCCAUACUGUGUACGCACCAACCGUAAAGCAUCGACUUCGGUCAAUCCACUUGCCAAUUCAACUGCAUUCACAUUUGGCGAUUUACAAACAUAUGGAAUAGAGGCAUACGAUUUAUUAUCAUGGUCAGCACCUUUCGAUCUCGUCGAACGUUAUCAAGAAUACGUGAACGACUUAACACCAAAUAAGACUUCACAUGACGUUUUUUAUAAUUGUAGUUGGCCGUGGUUUGGCGCGCUCUGUGAAUAUACGUUUUACUUGAACAUGCACUCGUUUGAAUCUAUUGUGCGAAUGAUGUUCCUUGCCAAAGAUUAUCGAACCUCGGAUAAUUUCAAACCGACGAUGGUGACGAAUUUAACGUGUUAUACGCAUUUGAACUGCACUCGUGGGGCAUUACCUGCAUGUCUUGAUUGGCGAGAAAUAUGUGAUGGGCGAAUCAAUUGUUUAAACGAUGGUGUUGAUGAACAAAAUUGCUUCCAACUCGAAGCUAAUCAAUGCAGUGACGACGAAUUCCAAUGUCGUAAUGGAAUGUGUAUACCGGCCUCCUUUUUCGAUGAAAAUUCAUUCGAUCUCGACUGUAUGGAUGGCAGCGAUGAGAGCAGAUACCAGAGAUUGAAAAUGUUAGCUGAACCCCGCGUUUAUUGUUUUCAAGAUCCUGCUUUUCGAUGUGAAGAAGUCUCCUAUGCUGCUAGCUUUUUACAUAUGUUCUGCGGGGAUGGACAAGCUUGUUCUAUAAAUUCACAAAUUUGCUGUAAGAACGGUCGAGAUUUCCUAUUAAAAGAAAUCAUCGAGUCUUACGAAGAAAACAAGCAUUUAUCCAAUGAAUGUUGGCACGCAUUAUAUUGUUCUACCAAUCAUGCAGUGCGGCUCACUGCUGAAUGUUCCAUAUACUGUAUUAAGAAAACAAAUCAAUGUAUUAUAAAUAUGACAAAAGUAUGUUCUUCAUCAUUCGCCGUAUAUCCUCAAAAACCGGUUUUCGAUGGUCAUAUUCGCUAUGUGUACUUGACUAAUCAAACACAUAUACUGCAAGAUAUUCUUCAUAUUGAUGGAUUAUCAUGUGUGACAAGCGAAGCAAUGUCAUUAGAUCUCUUCGAAUAUAGUAGUUUGGAUUUUUUUCAAGCGUGUUUUAUCAUCAAUAUGAGUGGAAAUGACACACAUUGUCGUGAUUCAUCGCUUUUCCAUUGCCCUAACACAUCGAAAUGUAUUUCUAAACAGCGAUUGGUAGAUAUGAAGGUAGAUUGUUUCGACGGAGCCGAUGAAAAGUUCAAUGCAUCUUGCGCAUUGGCGAAGGAAGCACAUCGCUUCCGUUGUUCAUCUGAAGAGAAGUGUAUUCCAUGGUUAAAUUUUAGAAACAAUAUACACGAUUGUUUCGACGGAGAAGAUGAGCUCUCCUCAACAAAUGAGCCAAGCAGCUUCUCUUUUCAGAUUAUAUGUAGUGGAUUUCAACAUAUCGAUCUAAUAUCAUUUGAUGAAAUGAACGAAACAGACGAAACAAAUUGCGAGGAGUGGCCAUGUAGUAAUAUAUAUACUCGAUGUGAUGGUGGAUGGACUUGUUUAAAUGGUGAAGACGAAAUUGGAUGCGAUACUGUUUGGCAGCAGGUAGUUGAAUGUCCUCCAAAUCAUCAUCCAUGCGUAUCACCAUCGAAUUUGACGAAAAUAUGUCUACCAAUCACCCAAUUCAAUGAUUCAGUGGUUAAUUGUCUUGGAGCGCUGGAUGAACUAGCGUAUUGUCGACAGCAAAUGGGGCAAACAGAUCACAAACUGGCCACAUACAGAUGUUGGAAUGA